AUGUCAACCGCUGAGCAUGUCGGCUUCCUCAACAGGGAUGCGAACAAGCCCAUUGACGACGGCUAUUGCAACCCAAUGAAGAAAAGCGGACCCAUUUCCAUGAAUCACAUUCUUAUGGCCUUGCGAGAGACUAAGGAGGAGAGAGCGAAUCUUGGGUACUUGGACUAUCCCAAGAUCGAGGCCGCGUUAUCGGCGCUUCAGAUUCCACCAUAG